GCGGGAACGUCAAGCCCGGCAAUUUUUCAACGGCGGACGGCGGGGUUGGCGGAGUUCGGCGGAGCGCGAGCGCGCGGGCGGCUCCGGUGUCCGGUGUCCGGCCUCCGGUGCGGGAGCCCGCCGGCAUGGCGGAGGACGAGCCGAGCCGGCGGCGUCGCGAAGGCGAGGCCCCGGCCUCCGCGCCGCCGCCGCCGCGUGAGGAGCCGCCGCGGCUGGGCCAUCUCGAGAAAAAGCAAAGGUGUAUUGAUGACCAAGAAGCAAAUAGAUCUGAAUUCAUUACUUCCAACACAAGUGACUUCAGUGACCCAGUUUACAAAGAGAUUGCUGUUACAAAUGGUUGUAUUAACAGAAUGAGUAAGGAAGAACUCAGAGCUAAGCUUUCAGAAUUCAAGCUUGAAACCAGAGGAGUAAAGGAUGUUCUGAAGAAAAGACUGAAAAACUAUUAUAAGAAGCAGAAACUAAUGUUGAAAGAGAGCAAUUGUGCAGACAGUUACUAUGACUACAUUUGUAUUAUUGACUUUGAAGCGACUUGUGAAGAGGGUAAUCCACCUGAGUUCAUACAUGAAAUAAUUGAGUUUCCUGUUGUUUUAUUGAAUACUCACACCUUAGAAAUAGAAGAUACAUUUCAGCAGUAUGUGAAGCCAGAGAUGAAUACACAACUGUCUGAUUUCUGCAUCAGUCUUACAGGAAUUACUCAGGAUCAGGUAGACAAAGCUGAUACUUUCCCUCUAGUACUGAAAAAAGUAAUUGACUGGAUGAAGUUGAAAGAAUUAGGAACAAAGUAUAAAUAUUGCAUAUUAACAGAUGGUUCAUGGGAUAUGAGUAAGUUCUUGAACAUGCAGUGCCAACUCAGCAGGCUCAGAUAUCCUUCUUUUGCUAAAAAGUGGAUCAAUAUUCGAAAAUCGUAUGGAAAUUUUUACAAGGUUCCCAGAAGCCAAACCAGACUGACGAUAAUGCUUGAAAAAUUAGGAAUGGAUUAUGAUGGGCGACCUCACAGUGGUCUUGAUGACUCGAAGAACAUCGCCCGGAUAGCAAUCCGGAUGCUUCAAGAUGGCUGUGAACUCCGAAUCAAUGAGAAGAUUCAUGCAGGACAGCUAAUGAGCGUAUCCUCUUCCUCACCCAUAGAGGGCAGUCCAGCCCCACAGAUGCCUCACCUGAGAAAGUAACUGCAGUUUGAAUCAUUCCUACCUGGAUUUGCUACAAAGAGGCAGCAGGUGAAUACUUUCUGAGUGGGCCCUGAAGUGCAAACUUCAAGCACUUUAAUUAAACAUUAAAUUUUCAUUAUGACAGUUUGAUUAGAUAUAUGUGACUGAUUUUGUGGUCGUAUUGAGUUCUUUGUCACCAGCACUUUUGAUAUGAGCAGUAUUUUAUUUGUUACACAGUAGCAAUUCCUGCUUGAGAACUGAAUUUUAUAAUUUGAAAUGUCCAAAAUGUGCUCUUUUUGGUUUUAAAAUGUAAAAUUUUUAUUGGCUUGUUGCUUCAAUGCUAUGUCUUAUUGAUGUGGAAAUUUAGAAUUAAUUUCUACAUUAACAUCAUUUUAUUACACCUUUUUGUUUAAUUCAGGAAAGAUGGAAAGGUAUACCUUAUCCUGUCUUGGGUUUUUAUGAACAUAAUUCUUUUGA